AAGUCCAUACAUUUAUAUGACGUUUAUAUAAAAGUAUCUGUACACGUACAGAUGCACUGCGGAUUGCAUUUGGAUAAAAAUCACAGAAAUAUUUAGACAAAUCAUGUACAUAAUUUUCAAAAUACCACUACAUGCAAAUAUAUGAAACUUGUGUCAAAUAUGUGCAUAAAACGUCAAAUUAAACAUUACAGAUUAAUCUAUCUUACUAAAUCACAUUUUAAUAAGAUCUCAUCUCUCAUUAAAAUGUUAUUUAACUGACAGUGUGCACAUAAAUCACUGUAGUAUUGAAAAUUACUUAAAUUGUUAUUCUUCUUUAUUUCCAGUAGAGGGCGGUAAAGAAAAUCAACAACAAAGUAGUCUAAACUCUGUCCAACACAUUCUGCUCAACAUAGCUUCAGAUUUAUAUUCCACAACCGCCCAGCUGAUGGAUUAAUAAGAAAAUGGACGCUUUUAAAUAGUUUUAAAGGCUUUUCGACUUCUUUAUAGCGAUUUCCAUGUAGGGGAACAGACCGAAUCCGGUUUGCAUUGUUGUGGUUUAGCGGAGAGACUGGAAACUCCUCGCCGUGGAUCGGGCCUGUUUCAGCAUAUAAACUAUUCAAGGUGCUUAAGAAGUCACAAUGUCGAUUUUGGGUCUUAAAAAGAAGCAACCAAAGACUUUUAAAGUCAAAGUCAGCACCAUGGAUGCUGAAAUGGAGUUCAGUUGUGAGGUCAAAUGGAAAGGGAAAGAUUUAUUUGACCUGGUGUGCCGUACCAUUGGUUUGAGGGAAACGUGGUUCUUUGGCCUUCGAUACACGGUGAAAGACACUUAUGCCUGGCUGAAGCCGGAUAAACGGGUUUUGGAUCAAGAAGUUCCAAAGGACUCUCCGAUAACAUUUCAUUUUCUCGCCAAAUUCUUCCCUGAGAAAGUCGAGGACGAGCUCGUUCAGGAAAUUACUCAGCACCUCUUUUUCUUACAAGUCAAGAAGCAGAUACUAGAUGAGGAAAUAUUUUGCUCUCCAGAAGCCUCUGUUCUUUUGGCAUCAUAUGCUGUUCAAGCCAAGUAUGGGGACUAUGAUCCAAACUUUCACAAGCCAGGUUUUUUAGCUCAAGAUGAACUUCUGCCCAAAAGAGUGCUGAUGCAGUACCAGAUGACUCCAGACAUGUGGGAAGAGAAGAUAACCGCUUGGUAUGCUGAACACAGAAAUAUCACAAGGGACGAGGCUGAGAUGGAGUAUCUAAAAAUAGCACAGGAUCUAGAGAUGUACGGAGUUAGUUACUUUUCUAUUACGCAAAAUAAGAGGGACACAGAGCUGCUUCUUGGAGUUGAUGCUCAGGGUCUUCACAUCUACAGCCCCAACAACAAGCUCAGCCCUAACAAAUCCUUCCCAUGGAGUGGAAUCCGAAACAUCUCGUACAGCGAGAAGGAGUUUACCAUCAAACCGUUGGACAAGAAAAAGGAAGUUUUUAAAUUCUAUUCCUCUCAGCUCAGAGUUAACAAACUGAUCUUACAGCUGUGUAUUGGAAACCAUGACCUGUUCAUGAGGAGGAGGAAGGUGGAUUCCAUAGAGGUCCAACAGAUGAAGGCGCAGGCCAAAGAGGAGAAGGCCAGGAAAAAGGUCGAGCGUCAGAUUCUUGCACGAGAGAAGCAGAUGAGGGAGGAAGCGGAGCGAGCGAAAGAAGAGAUGGAGCGUCGUCUGUUCCAGCUACAGGACGAGGCUCGAAUGGCCAAUGAAGCUCUACUGCGCUCUGAGGAGACGGCCGACCUUCUGGCAGAGAAAGCCCAGAUCGCAGAGGAGGAGGCCAAACUACUGGCCCACAAAGCAGCUGAAGCAGAACAGGAGAGACAGAGGCUGGAGGUCACAGCUCUCAAAACCAAAGAGGAGAAGAGACUGAUGGAGCAGAAGAUGAGAGAAGCAGAACAACUGGCGGUUAAGCUCGUUGAGCAGUCGGAGAGGAGAUUGAAGGAGGCAGACCACCUGAAACAGGAUCUGAACGAGGCUAAAGAUGCGGAACGGAGGGCAAAGCAGAAACUCCUGGAAAUCACCAAAUCGACAUACCCUUUAAUAGCAGCAUACUCCAGCCCUCCUCCACCCCCUGGGCCAGAGAGCCCAGAUAUGGCUGUGGACGUGGGCAGCUCCAUCAGAAUGGAUUUCAAGGAUUCGGACAUGAAAAGACUUUCUAUGGAGAUUGAGAGAGAACGGCUAGAGUACAUGGAGAAGAGCAAACAUCUUCAAGAUCAGCUGAAGGAGCUCAAAUCAGAGAUUGAAUCCUUGAAGUUGGAAGAGCAGCAACAGGCUGGCCUCUACAGUAUCAGGAGUUACGCUGAACCUCCUUAUAUUCCCCACAGCAAUAGAAAUUCUGCCUACAUGGCUCAGAUGGCCUUCUAUGAGGAAGUGUGAAAGAACAAUCCAGUCUCUGUUUGGUUUGAGGAGCAGGAGGCUCUCGGAGGAGCGGUUCGCAGCUAUCACUGAAGCGUGCACGUACACCAAAAAAAAAAAAAUGCGGCAACCUCAUAUACUGUGCUUUUUAAGAUUAAUAUAUUUCUUUUACUUUUGUUUCGCGUACACUUCAAUUCGUGUUUUACUACUACCACAAAUUGCUUGGCACUCUCAGGCACAUGAAACCGCCUGUUCGCCCGCCAAGUUUAUUUGCUGGAUAUGCAAGGUAUUAAGGGACGCUUCUGAUACAGACAGUGCCUUCAGAAUUCUCAAACCUUUGAAUGCUAAUGAAGCCACCAGGAAUACUAAGACUUACUCUUUUCCUUCGGGAUGCCCGAUCGGUUUAACACUAGGUGCCUUUAACAAGUGCCACAGAUCGUGGUUUAAACUACAACAUCAGCCAGUGUCAAAUCAUUUGAUGUAUUUGCAUGUUUUGAACUGUGUAUUGUGUUUUUUUUUCCCCUUUGGUGCUUAUUGAACGUGUAGAUGAUUGAUAUUUUCCAGUACACUUCGACGCCUUUUGGAAAAGCUUGCACUACUCAUUGGGCUGAAUGAUUCUCUACCGAUGCACUCUUUCCCGCGGUAUGACGGCUCGUAUAACCCACUCGACAAGCUGUAACUACUCGAUUAUAUUCAGGAACGGAGGGUGAUUGAUGGCCUCUCUGUUUAUAAAUAUGCCGUACUCAUCAAUUUUUUGGCUGGAGACUCAGACUCUGAGUGUUUUUUGAAUCCGUGACAGUUUCUGAUAUAGUGAUACACAGGCAGAUUUAUCGGUUCAUCUACCGUUUUCUAUUCCUAAAACGACCGACGCUUGGACUUCGUGUCGCGGUGGUUAUGAGCCAUGUUGACAUUUCGGCACAUUUACAUCGGAGUAACAUUUCAGAUUCUGUUUAUUCCAUUUAGAAUAGUUUUUUUGCUGUUAUCGGAAUGUCCUUUUUGUUUCAAAACGCGAUGCAUCCAGUUACGCAGGACACACAUUUUGCACUCAUUUUUGAAUGCUUUUAGGUAUAAAUUGUUGCUGAAAUGUUGAUGCGAGACAAGCGCUCGCGUAUAAAGGGACGAGUCGUUAAUGACGUUGGAGGAGCUGAAAGGUUGUUAUGCCUCAUUAUGUUACAGCAUUUAGCAGCAUUAAUGGAUUUUCGAGCAAUAACUUUUGUAAAUACACUACAUGCAUUGCUGAGUCUUAGUUUAAGUGCGAGACAUUCCUGUUAUCGUCAGCAUGACUGUGCACAUUAGCUUGAGAUGUCUUAGGCAAUUGUUCAUGUUUUAAUGAAUGCCACAACCAAGUUUGUGUUUGUUUUUAUCCAUCUGCACCACAAAAAUAACUUUUUUUUUUUUUUUUUUUUGCAUGAUCAUUUCCACUCUGUGUUUGAUUUUUGAAAAACCUGUCACAGCACAAGUUGCCUCUGUUUAAUACGCGUGCCAUGGAUUCAGACACGGUUUGUCCGUAUGAAUGUGGACGUGCAGCAAUAUCACGUGCAGUGAAUUGUAAACUGAUACACAAAUAAACUGCAAAGAUGCGUU